AUGUCUACAUAUGAUGAGCACUUUGAGAAAGUAUUGAGUUUUUUGCAAACAUAUCAAUCUCUGGUCAAUUCCCACCUGACUGAUUUCAUUACUGAAGAUUUGUGGACCACCUGCUUACCAGAUAAGCUGCGAAAGGAGUUGGAAACUCUAGGUUCUGAUUUUGUUUGCAAGAAUUAUUGGAAUGACGUUGAUCACAGUACUCCAGAAUUGAACAAAUUUCUCAAAGCUAUUGAUUCCCUAGCUUUGGAGAAAUGUAAUCUUGUGUACGAUGCGAGAGAUGUUCCCAAAUUAUUUUCAACUUGGGGACUUGAGCUUCAAGAGUCAGACUUGACAAAUUGCACAGGAAAACUUGAAUUUAUGAAUGACAAAAAAUCAUACGAGGUAGAAAUUAUGGCAAAAGUUACCUCUGCAUUAGCAAAGUUCCAUUCAAGUAUAAUUGUUGAUGCUGGAGCAGGAAAAGGUUAUCUUUCAGAACAGAUAUGUCAAAACUAUGGAGUCCCUGUGCUAGCAAUUGAUUCAUCGCAUAUCACUCACAAAGGCGCUAUACGAAGGCAAAAUAUUAUCAAGAAGAAGUUUGGCCCACCAUCUAAACUGGUUCAUUACUUAGUACAUAGCAUCGACGACUCUACAGACUUUUCAAAUCUAGUAAAGCUAUAUUCUCCAGGAUGGAAUUCAAAACAAAGUUUAACCAUCACCGGCCUGCAUACUUGUGGGUCUUUAGGACAGUCUGUUAUAAAAGCUUUUCUACAGUCAGACUGCAUAAAAUCUCUCUGUGUAGUCACAUGCUGCUACCACUUGGCAGAAACAUCACUCAGCGGGAAAUUAAAAUUGACUAAAAAUGCAAAGAUGUUAGCUCAACAGUCCAUUGAGCGAGUUCGUAAAAAUAAUCAUCAUUUGUCUCCCACGUUGUUCUAUAGAGCAGUUAUUCAAGUACUGCUAAAUUCUCUAGGUAUAUCCAAUGUUAAGACUGGACGUAGCGCAGUUGCAGAAGACUUUGUCACAUAUGCACAAUGGGUGCUGAGAAAAAUUGUCCUGAACUCAAAUCAGAUCCCUUCGCAGGAUAUGAUUAAAGAGGUGUACCAAGCUCAUGAAAAUUUAAAAUGGAAAAUGGAAAUAUUUCAAAUGUUAAGGGUCUGUCUAGGUUCUGUCGUUGAAUCUGCCAUCUUAUUAGAUAGAAUAACAUACUUGAAGGCAAGUAAGGCUUGUUCUAACUUUGCCUUAGUACGACUUUUUGAUCCAGUCAAAUCUCCAAGGUGCUACGCAAUUAUAGCACUUAAAUAAUUAAUAUAAACAGUUUAAAUAAUAAUGUAAAUAGUAUUAUCAUAUGGAAUGGUUUUUAUUCUGAUAAAUUAAACUUAAAAAAUUCUAUUCAA